AAUGCAGACUGGCUGUGCAGAGGGCAAAGUGACAGUGUGUGUGUGUGUGUGUGUGUAUUGGGCGUGAAAGAGAGCGCAGCGAGAUAGUGACUUCUACGCUUGUGUGCAUGUAUGUGUUGCUCUAGUCAUCUGCACGUAGAACAUAUGUGCCGAUGGAAGAGCACAUGUGCCUAUUAGGAGCUUCAUUAUGGACUUUUUUUUUCCAUAUUCCCUGGAAUUUUCUGCAUUUGACUGAUUUUUUUUUUUUACAUUGAUGUGAGGAUUCAUCACUUACUUUGCUCUGAGCUUUACUCACCAGCCCAGCACUGUGUGUAGGCAACAGGCCUACGUGGACUUUCCCGAGCGUGCACCUUAGUGGGAAACUAAGGAGGACUGAGAAGAUGUACCUAUACAAAGCAACCUGCCCGGAUAUCCCGAACCCUAAGCAGAAGGUGGCCAGAAGGCAAAGCGGGGUCCAGGCUCAGGGCCUCAGCCAAGGGAGGCUUGUCAGUCAGACGGGUACGGGCACAGGCCCCCGAAGCUGCUUGCCUCUGAUGCUGUGGGCCACCAACAAACCAAAUGCUGUUUUGGAGCUUAAACAUCUGGAGGAGUUUCUUAACUUUCACUCAUUGUCACUGCAUGACUCCUUCAAGAACCAGACAGGCAUGGUCUACAGGAACCUGGGGAAGUCAGGACUCAGAGUGUCAUGCCUCGGACUUGGUACUUGGGUGACCUUCGGUGGUCAGAUAACAGAUGAGGUUGCAGAGCAGCUGAUGACUAUUGCCUACGAGAGUGGAGUCAACCUGUUCGACACAGCUGAGGUUUACGCGGGUGGCAGGGCCGAAGUGAUUUUAGGAACCAUUAUUAAGAAGAAAUGCUGGAGGAGAUCCAGCUUGGUCAUCACAACCAAACUCUACUGGGGAGGAAAAGCGGAGACAGAGAGAGGCCUGUCAAGGAAGCACAUUAUUGAAGGUCUGAAAGGGUCUCUACAAAGGAUGCAGUUGGAGUAUGUGGAUGUCGUUUUUGCCAACCGGCCAGACAGCAACACCCCCAUGGAGGAGAUCGUCAGAGCCAUGACCUAUGUGAUCAACCAAGGUAUGGCAAUGUACUGGGGGACGUCCAGAUGGACAGCCAUGGAGAUUAUGGAGGCGUAUUCUGUGGCGAGACAGUUUAAUCUGAUCCCUCCGGUGUGUGAGCAGGCAGAGUACCACCUCUUCCAGAGGGAAAAAGUGGAAGUGCAACUGCCGGAACUUUAUCACAAAAUAGGAGUUGGAGCAAUGACUUGGUCUCCACUGGCGUGUGGCAUCAUCACAGGAAAGUAUGAGAAUGGCAUUCCGGAAUCUUCCAGGGCCUCCAUGAAGUCGUAUCAGUGGUUGAAGGAGAAAAUAGUAAGUGAUGAUGGAAGAAAGCAGCAGGCUAAGCUGAAGGAGCUCAACCACAUUGCAGAGAAGGUGGGCUGCACGCUGCCUCAACUGGCCGUAGCAUGGUGUCUAAGGAAUGAAGGUGUAAGUUCGGUCCUGCUAGGAACAUCUAACCCUGAGCAGCUUACAGAGAACCUGGGGGCCAUACAGGUCCUUCCUAAGAUGACGUCUCACGUGGUGUCAGAAAUUGACCACAUUCUGGGCAACAGGCCAUACAGUAAGAAGGACUACCGCUCUUAAGUGCUGCUACAAACUUGCACACUGCAACUACGGACCUAAUGGGCCAUUUUUUCCCUCUUGGUUGGCCGCAGCCAACCUCAAGACCGGAGCGGACCCAAGCUGGCAUUGCAUGACCUCGUUGGUUUGCUCGGUUUUGCAAGGCUGAAAUCGGGGGCAAAUCUACUCAGCCUUUGUUGCAGAUGCUUCUAGUUUAGCUUAGUGGCCUGUUAUGGAUUUAGAUACCAAGAGUGAGCCUACUUUGCUUAAUGGCAGCACAGCAGGAGCAUUACAAGCAAAAAAAAGUGCCUUGCAUGAGAGCAACUUGGAAGUAUACAGUGGAAAGUUGUGAGCGUGACUCCUCCCACUCAUACUCCCAUAUUACUUGUUCAGUUACCAUCCGCCUGUUUUACUUUUUAUCACAAAUGUGACAACAAAUGAAGCUAAUUAACACCUGAGAUGAGUUCAAUAGCAUCAUGUAAGUUGCUAUACCAAUAUGACCCCUUUUCUACUACCUAUGAAAUAUAUUAAGUAAAAUUACACUGCACAUACAAACAAAUGAUCAAAUGCAUGUUCUGAGUUUCCUCUUUUACAAAGCACAUCAUUCAAUGAAGCCGAUUGAAGAGGUUGUCUUUUGGCGAGAUGGAAACGUCGCCCCCUGUGGUGAACCGAGGAACUACAGAAUACACAGAGGCUAGAACAAAGUGGACACUUUUUCCUCCCGGUGCAUUUCUUAUUUUCUGCCUAUCAAUGCAACCUACAUUGCUAAAUGAAUCAAGACAGCACAGCUCAUAUUCUCAUAAUAAUUCUUAAUGUCUGUAAAAAAAAGUAUUGGUCUAGAUUAGUCAUAUUUUCAGAUAUUUAAUGUAUAUAUCUGUACUGUAGAAAACUAGGGUAUACCUUUGUAACAUAUUAACAGCUACCCAGAAGCCCUGCACAGGUUAGUAUAUGAAUAAGAUGUAAAUAAUUGUUUAUUUGAGUUGCAUUAUUUAGUUGCUCAUCCUCCUGUGGGUUUUGCGUAGAUACAGGGAAAUGUCUAUUAUAAAAUAGCAACAGGACAUUUUGUAUUUUCAUUUACCGCAUAUAGUUAGAAGUGGAAUGUGACUAUGAAUCAUCAAUUCUGAUCCUGGCCAUUAAUAUCAGACUAAACCCUAGCGCUCAAUAGAACUUUGUAAUUUAAUAGCAUCAAAAUGCAAUAUUUGACAAACAUUCAAUGUAAGUUAGUGGAAUUUGUCAGUAGAUUUUGAGGAACAAAUGUUGGCCUGUCAAUGUUUGUGUUUGUGUGACAUUUUCACCACUCAACUGUGUGCCUUGACAAGAGGAGCAAAUAAUCAGGGAUGUUUUUCAAAGUAAAAGUUCUUAAAUGUGUUUAGGGAGGAAUAAAGUCAGAUGUGAAGACAGUAGAUCCCUGAAAAUAGUGGGAAAGCCUGCCCAUUUGUGCUUUUUAUCUAAAUAUAGGCCCUUGUUUUGCAGAAAAACCCACCUUGUCAGUAAUGAUUUAAAAAUAUUUGAUAAUAGCGGUCUUAAGUAUACCGGAAGCAGUCAGAGCAAUUCGUCUGCUCUUAUUAGCAAAGAACAGCUUAACAAACAAUACCAAGGACACGUGGUGCAUAGCCCCGCCCACCUCUCUUGCUCACCAUCAUGGCGGACUUUCUGCUCCAUAGCUGACUCGACUCGGUUCCAUUCUUUUGUGGUGGAGUCUGCAGUCCUAUUUAACUCACACAAUAUAACAGGUUCAUCAACUCGAACCACUUACUCACAGCGUGAUUAACACAAACAUAAGGUACGUACCCAAACACGCUACAAUACAGUAAAUGUUGGUUUUUAAGAUUUGAAUGGCUGAGCGCGUGCGCUUGUACCUUGUACUUCCUGUUGGUGGCACUACAUCCAAACAAAAAGAGCGGUAAUGACGCUGAACGAUGGAUACUUUAACGAGAGGUGAACUGUAACAGCAAUUUUUUAAGUUUAAAGGGGACCUAUUUUGUUUUUCCCCACUUUUCUGACCUAUAAAUUUAGUUUAGAGUGUUGUAUUAUCGUGUUAGACGAUGCCAAAUGAGGCGAGUUAAAACUGGGGGUGGACUUCCUUAUUUGGGUCAUAAUUAGGAAGUACUUUAGGCCAGUGACCAAUCACAGCAGAGUGGGCCCGCCCGGAGGCGGGCCGUGUGUGGAAUAAAUUAAAACAGGCAGUACAGACAGGAGACCACAACUCAAUACAGAGGGUCGAAAAAUGAACAUAAUAGUUCCCCAUUAAAGUGUCAGCUUGUGAAGCAUGUUGUAAGGCUUCCAAGCAUUUAGCUUGUUAGAUUCCUGGCCUGAGUCAACGUCAAGUUAGCAAGAGGUUUUGGAAGGGGAGGAAUGACUUUGUACUGCCGCCUAAAUGCAGCACAAUAAGUGUGUCAAAAAUAGAAAUCUCAAUUACUUGCUUUUACCUAGUAUUCACAUGUGCUUUCAGAACGUACCCCCCACAGACAGCGGGGAUCUACUGUAGUGAAUGAACAGUUGGAAUAACUGGUGGAGUUUCCAUUCUUGUUUAAGAUACAGAAAAUCUCGGAUCACAUUUCAACAUUUCUGGCAGAAAAACUGAGAUGCUUUUUGCGUAGGUGACACACCAAUGAUAACAAUGUGUAAAUAUGAUGUGAUCCUGAAUAAACGCUAUGCUAAUGGAAACAUUAGUACGUGUUGUUGGCUUUGUUUAUUCUAAGUUGAGUAUAUUCACCAUGUAAACACAUGCCGAUCAAAUAUCACUUGUCAUGUUUAUUGUUACAAAAAAGAGCAGACACCUGGAAGAAGACACUCCAGAAAAUUGAUCAUGAAUUUCAUGAAAAUGAAAUGUGAUAUUUCCGCCUCCCAUUUAACAGAACUCGAGUGAAAAACUAUUUAACCCAACGCUGAAUCAUCAUCAUCCUCUUCUACUUGGAGCCAGUGGACAGCAGAGCAAUCAGUCCAGAAGAAGCACUGAUUGAAAGGAUGUAGUUGCUGUGGAGUAAAAGGUGUGUUAACACGUUGUGCAUAUACAUAUAACACUACAUAUGAAAACUGUUGGGUACAUACACAGUGGGGUUGAAGUUCUUGAGCAGGAAGAACGAUGCGACGAUGACAAGCACCAGGAAGAGAGUGUUGUUGUAGAAGAUGGAGAAGGUGGUGGCCUCGUAGUCGGCCACCUCGUUCUUCUUCCACAGGAUCCUAAUCAAACACAAAAUAUAACAUCAAACUCUUUAAUUGCUGAAUUAAAAAAGGUGACAGCCCAGUACUGAUACGGUGCAUAUUUUUUUAUUACCUCUCGUCUUUUUCCUUGCGGGACAUUUUACGAUUGUCGGCUUCUGACAACUUCCUGGUCACCUCCUUGGAAACGGCAUCCUCGCGUUUCUGAGCAACUCUGUAGAAGAGUUGGGAAAAAAUUUAAAGAUGUUAAGAAUUAAAGCUUGUGUCAGACUUCCUGAAUCAUUCUGCAAAUGUUACAUGACCGAUUA